AGGUGAGCGAACAACCACCACAUGAUAAUGAAUUAGAUCAAGAGGGCACCUGUAACAUUAAUACAUUUUACUUGCAGACUCCAGAAGCCAGCUCUGUUGUGCAGACGGAGAACCCACAGCGACGGGACAGGUGCAGGGAUGAGCUCUGCACAAGUGGGGCUGAGCAAUUCAGUAAGGAAAUGGACUGAGGCUGCAAACACAUGGCCCGGCAUUCUUUGUCUUCAGAAAAAAUAGUUAUCCUUACAGAAUUUACAUCAUUUUGCUCUGCAUUUAUAACAAAGCAGAAAAUGACCGUCUCCCAAACCUGCAGGAAUAAUGAUUGGUUUGGAGUUAAACUUUUGGAGAAGGGGCUAAAUUUACAGUUUGAGCCGCAGAGAAUGCAAAUUAAGUACUGACCAAAAAUGCAUUUUAGUUAUAGUCAAAAUCAGAUUUCAUUUAUGCCCACACACCUCAGAACGUCCUCCGAAGAAGCGCAAAUACAGGACGAGGCGCGGUACUGCAGGCUGUCUACCGGGUUUUUGUUCAUCCCUUUCUAUAUGCUGUGCAGCCGGCGGUAAGCUCUGUGCCUUUGCGAUGGAUAAGCAAACACCCACAUUUCAUUUAUUACGGAAGAAACUCCGAGAGACUUCGCUGGUGAUUUGCUCGGGGUCACGCCGGCUCCGCCCGGUGGCGGAGGUGCGGCAGGUGCCGGCGGGCCGCAGUCCCACGGCUCUCUCAGGGCAGACAGAGCGAAAGCAGAAGUUCUCCCGCCCAGCCCUUCCCGCUGGAGCCGGGUGCGGCACGCAGCUCUCGCACGGCGCCUUGUUGGCACGCGGGCGGCCGCAGGCCCUGACGGGACGGAGGCGCGAGGCAGCGCCCGGCGGGCGGGUAGCGGGCAACCCGCCCUUCGCCGACUAUACCUUCUGUAAAGCUUUGUGGAAGAUAGAUGUGUGUGCUGCAAUGGUGACAUAAAUGUUUGAGAGGACUGGAACAAGUUGUUGAGAACCUGUGUUUGUUUUUAAUGCUGCUGUUGAGAGCAAUCUAAGACAAAUAAACAACAUGAGUUUUAUCAUGAAACUUCACAGACAUUUUCAAAGAACAGUUAUUUUGCUGGCCACUUUUUGUAUGGUGAGCAUUGUUAUUUCUGCAUACUACUUAUAUAAUGGCUACAAACAAGAAAAUGAACUUUCUGAAAUCUCUUCAGAAGUGGAAUGUGGUGAUCUUCCACUGUUUCCAUACAAGCUGAUGGAGAUGAAGACCAUGAAGCCUGUCGAUCCCCUGAGGACAGAUCUUGUAGUUCUGGUGUUUGUGGAAAGUCAGUAUUCAACACUAGGCCAAGAUAUAAUAACCAUUUUAGAAUCUAGCAGAUUUCAGUAUCACAUUGAAAUUGCAUCUGGAAAAGGUGACCUCCCAGUGCUUAUAGACAAAAAUAAAGGCAAAUAUGCUCUCAUAGUGUAUGAAAAUAUUCUAAAGUAUGUGAAUAUGGACUCUUGGAACAGAGGUCUUCUAGAUAAGUACUGCAUAGAAUAUGGUGUAGGGGUUAUUGGAUUUCACAAAGGCAGUGAGAACAGCUUGCAGAGCUUUCAGUUGAAGGGCUUUCCUUUCCUUGUCCACAGCAAUCUGGGUAUUAAGGACUGUUGCAUUAACCCUUAUUCCCCAUUGCUCCAUGUGACUAAAUCCUCUAAGCUUGAGAAAGGUCCCUUGCUUGGAAAUGACUGGGCAGUUUUCCAGAUUAAUCAUUCAGCUUACCAACCAGUGAUAUUUGCAAGAGUAAAGACACCAGAAAACCUUUUGCCAUCUGCUGCUAAAAGUGCUCUCCAUGCCACGGUAAUUCAUGACCUGGGUCUCCACGAUGGGAUUCAACGAGUCCUUUUUGGCAAUAACUUGAAUUUUUGGCUGCACAAGCUGAUUUUCAUAGAUGCCGUCUCUUUUCUGUCUGGAAAGAAGCUCAAACUGUCCUUGGAUAGGUACGUUCUUGUUGACAUAGAUGACAUCUUCGUUGGGAAGGAAGGAACAAGAAUGAAUGCCAAUGAUGUACAGGCCUUGCUUGACACUCAGAAUCUUUUGAGAACUCAGAUUACAAAUUUUACUUUCAACCUGGGAUUUUCAGGGAAAUUUUAUCACACAGGCACUGAGGAGGAAGAUGAAGGUGAUGACCUGCUGUUGAGAUCUGUGGAUGAGUUUUGGUGGUUUCCCCAUAUGUGGAGUCACAUGCAGCCUCAUCUCUUCCACAAUGAGUCGUCGCUGGUGGAGCAAAUGAUCCUCAACAAAAAAUUUGCCUUAGAACAUGGUAUUCCAACUGACAUGGGCUACGCAGUGGCUCCUCACCAUUCUGGAGUAUAUCCAGUACAUGUUCAACUUUAUGAUGCCUGGAAAAAGGUCUGGAAUAUCAGAGUUACCAGCACAGAAGAAUAUCCGCAUCUGAAGCCUGCAAGGUACAGACGAGGCUUCAUCCACAAAAAUAUAAUGGUACUUCCUAGGCAAACCUGUGGCUUAUUCACCCACACUAUUUUCUAUAAAGAGUAUCCUGGAGGCCCAAAGGAACUAGACAAAAGUAUCCAAGGUGGAGAGCUGUUCUUCACAGUGGUUCUCAAUCCAAUCAGCAUCUUCAUGACACACUUGUCUAAUUAUGGAAAUGACCGCCUGGGGCUGUAUACCUUUGUGAAUCUGGCCAACUUUGUUCAUACCUGGACAAACCUGAAACUGCAAACUCUUCCUCCGGUUCAGCUGGCUCGCAAGUACUUUGAGCUAUUCCCUGAGCAAAAGGACCCACUCUGGCAGAAUCCCUGUGAUGACAAACGGCACAGAGAUAUCUGGUCUAAAGAAAAAACCUGUGAUCGACUACCAAAAUUCUUGGUUGUAGGACCUCAGAAAACUGGUACCACCGCCUUGUAUUUGUUCCUGAUCAUGCAUCCUUCCAUCAUUAGUAACUCCCCCAGCCCAAAAACCUUUGAGGAGGUACAGUUCUUUAAUAGAAAUAACUACCACAGGGGGAUUGAUUGGUACAUGGAUUUCUUCCCUACUCCUUCCAAUGUCACCACUGACUUCCUCUUUGAGAAAAGUGCCAACUAUUUUCAUUCUGAGGAAGCUCCUAAGCGUGCUGCUUCCCUCAUCCCCAAGGCCAAGAUCAUCACCAUCCUCAUCGACCCAUCUGAUCGGGCAUAUUCAUGGUAUCAGCAUCAACGCUCGCAUGAAGAUCCUGCAGCCCUAAAAUUCAGUUUCUAUCAGGUGAUCACAGCUGGACCUCGAGCCCCUUCUGAACUUAGAUCUCUCCAAAAGAGAUGCCUAGCACCUGGAUGGUAUGCUACACAUAUUGAGAGAUGGCUAACUUACUUCCCACCUUAUCAGUUGCUAAUUAUUGAUGGACAGCAGCUAAGAACUGACCCAUCUACUGUAAUGGAUGAAGUACAGAAAUUUUUGGGAGUUUCUCCUCACUUUAAUUACUCGGAAGCCCUAACGUUUGAUUCACAUAAAGGUUUCUGGUGUCAGCUCCUGGAAGAAGGAAAGACCAAAUGUCUUGGAAAGAGCAAAGGUAGAAAAUACCCUCCUAUGGAUUUGGAGUGCAGGGCUUUUCUGUCAAGCUACUACAGAGAUCAUAAUGUGGAACUGUCAAAACUCCUACACAAACUGGGACAACCUCUGCCAUCGUGGCUGAGACAGGAACUACAGAAAGAAACUUUUUAAAAACCGAAUGACUUUUAAUAUGCAGUCAACUUGGUGAAGAAUGAAGAGUCUGAGCAAAACAUGCAGGCAACAGAUAUGUGUUUUAUUCCCCAAAUAAGAGGAUGCACGAUUACAUCUGAGUAAGCAAGUCAUACGACAUGAAUUACUUGAGAAUUUUAACCUCUUCUAUUUACAAAUUCCCUACAAUCAAUAUUUAAUUUUCAGAAGUAGACUAUCAAUAUUAACACUUCUAAAAAACACCACUCCAUCUCAAAAAAAGAAUAUGUAUAUUUGCUAGUCAAAGUCAAGUGUUUUACUGUGGAUGGUAACACAGCCAUGGUUUCUGCUCCCCUGGUAGAUAAAUGCGCAAGCAAUUGCUUUAACAAAUGCUUGAUGAUGUGAGCUUCACAUUUAUUUUUCAUAAAUAGGAUUCUGAAAUUUGAUUUCCUCAAAUAUCUGUGCCAUUAAAAAUCAAAGUGUGAGUAUGACUAGAGAGUGACCAUUUGGGGAUGUAAACACAGAGCCUGAUAUGAGUUCACAUUAUUAUUUGAGCAAACAUUCCUGAAAUACUGUGAUAUCUUCCCAGUUCUACUUGUGCAGAAAGAAUUCAUUUCAAUGAUUUGCAGACUAUCAUGUACAGCAUAUCCUUUUUCAUUGCUUAAAGAAGUGGAACUUCCUCAGGAAGAAAUUAAAUAGAUAUUUCAAUGUUUAUAGAUGUAAUACUCUUGUCAUUCACAUUGAAUGAAAAUUGCUGGAAACAUUUUUCUCAAAAUUUUUUUAAAUAAAAAAUAGAUAUUAUUCUGAUAGUGGCAUGGUAUCUGAAGUGCAACAAUAAACUCUGUUAAGAAAAUGUA